ACUUACCAAACUUUUUGACUUUCCUGCUCUAUUUAAGACUGCAGCAACGGACAGAAAUGUCAUUUCACAUUCCACAGUCCAUUUUCAACUACUUUUCUUUUCUUCUCCAUUUUUGCCCCAAUCAGUAUUCAGUAUCUUCUCCGACCAAUGAGCAAAGAAGGAAGUAGAAGAGGAGUAAAAUGGAGCUGGACCUCCGCCUUCGUCGGUGCCGCCGCUGCCGCAGCAACGGUGAUGACACUCUCUUCGAAGCCACGGGAUCCUGAUUUUCAUCUCAUCUCCAUCGAUCUCACUUCCUUCAAGCUCAAUUUCCCCGUCGUAGACGCGGAACUCAUCCUCACCGUUCACGUGACUAACCCUAACGUUACUUCAAUCAACUACUCCUCAACAGAAAUGUCGAUUUUCUACUCCGGCGAUCACCUCGGUUCAGCUCGUGUGAAAGCCGGAUCUCAGCCGCCGCGUUCCUGUCAGGUACUCCGUCUUCCGGCGAGGUUAAGCGGACUUCAACUUGCACAUCACGGGAAGGAAUUCGUCGCCGAUGUAGCGAAGAGGGAGAUGUUGCUGGAUGCUACGGUGGAUAUAGAAGGUUUUGCGAAGGUGAUGUGGUGGGACCAUAAAUUCCGGGUGCACGUGGAUAGUCACGUGACCGUAGACCCGGUUUUUCUUGACGUUAUUGAUCAGGAAAAUAAAUCGGCUUUAGAGGUCUUUGUGAAAUAACGGUUCAGUCCGGUUCAGUGUGUUGUAUCGGUUUAUUUUGUAUUCAUCACCACUAAAAAUGUACUUCAGUAAUUAAAAUAUUUAAGUUCUAUCGUUACAAUUCACUUCGAUUA